AUGGCCAGCAAGCCGUCAUGGAUUGAACGAAAAGCGAUCAGCCAAGAUGUUCUCAAGCGCAUAUACGCCUCGGAUCAAGACAUGUAUCCAGUACCGCUGAGCUUUGAGCGGCUCCAGGAUUGGGUAGCGCAAUCCCCAGAGCUCUCUGUCUGUUACCUCGACAGUGCAGCCGACGGCUGCGACUCCCCAGGGGAUGCCGUCGAGAUCGGUGCCGUUAUCGUGCUGCCCCUGCGGAAGAAUCAAUGGGAAGAGCUGCUAGUUGGGAAAUUGAAGGAAAUCGAAGUUGACGCAAGCAUCAUGUUUGGGAGCAGCGACACAGACGAGCUGCAGGACGUCGGCUUGCACAUCUUCCACAUUGAAAGGUUUGAAGGGUGUGGCCGAGCCAAAGUGCAGCGAUUUGCCGAGUUUGUCUUGGAGGAUGUGCGCGAGGUGGCAACUCGAUACCACUGGAACAUUCUCGGGUACUCUGCACUCACAGCCACGCCGGCUGGUAGAAGGGCUUUUGGUCGGAUGUCUUUCAAGCCAACGGGGUACGAAGAGCUCUUUUCUCAGGCUACAAGCGAUUCUACUGAGAUGCCAGAGAUGGGCAUCAAUAUGCUCUUCAAAUACCCUGAGGGGCAAGGGGCCGAUUCGCUUGAAUUAUCACAGUCACACCAUAUUGUCUUCAAGUCUGCAAUGGUCGUGAAAUUCGGCAAUGGGGGGUUCUGGGACGACAAGUGA